AUGCGGUCUGUGCUGUUGCGCUCCAACGCGAGCCUCCGCUGCACUUGUACAGCGACGCGCCGCAUUGCUUGGGCGCAAAAUGGCGGUUCGCGCAUCACUGCUCGUGUUAUGCUCUCCAACGCGGCGCGCCAGGUAUCGACAGCCUCACUGGACAAGAGCUGUGCGGAUGCCGCUGCGCCGCUGCAGCUGAGUCCCCUCACACGCGGCAUGGCGGUGCGUGCUUUCUUCGAGAAGAGCGGCAGCGCCACUGCGGCGCCCAUCGCAGGCGGCGUCGUCAAGGCCAGGAUCGCUGGAUCGACCUACGCCGUUCACCUGCAGCACCUCUUUCUCUCGCCGAUUGUCGAGGUUGGGUCUCGCGUCUACGUUGAGCACGGCCGGGACGAGGAGUGCGUCGGAGCCGUGGUGGGUGGCGUCGUGGUGCGUGUCAACGGCAACGGAACGUAUGGGGUGUUGCUCGAUAACAACAGGCUCGACACGGCUGUUCCCGCAGAGAUGGUGGUGCUGUCGGAGGCCCGCGUCAAGCUUGUGAGUGGCGCCGAGUACGGCGAGGUGGUGGCGUGGCUACGCACGGCUGGAGUGGCGCGACGAGCGCACCAGGAGAGCAUUGCGUGCGUCCUCUAUCAGCGCGGGUGGCGCGUGGAUCGGCUUUACUUACUGACGACCUCUGAGAUGCACUGCAUGACGCACAUACCCCGAGCGGUGCGCAUGUGCGUGUUGGAUAAGUCGGAGUGGCAGCGAGACCACCAUCGGCAGAUGCGGGGGCUGCUUAGGGAGCGGGUCAAAGAGCGGGACUUCCGCUACACGCUUACCAAGUACAGCGGUGUGGUAAGCGCGUCCAUGGCACUCCUCGGUAUUGCCUUCGCGUUUGGGUGGAACAUGACGACCUAUCGCACGCAGCAGCGCGCGCAUCAGCUGACGGUCGCCGUCAGGACGCUCACGCAGCCGCUGAAUCUCGACCAGAGCGCCCUACAGGCGGCUCCGUUGAUGGUGCGGCAAGGCGCGUCGCGCGACCGAGAGGAGAGUGCGGUUCGGCGGGUGCUGCAUCGGCUCGAUGCGGCGCACCCCCGCAUCCCUGUCUUCACGAGACCCCACGGGUGCGGCAAGAGCACAGUGUCGCGCAGCGCCGUGCUGAAGGAGGGCGUGCCGCACGUGUGCGUCGACGUCCGCGCCACGGAGGACACGCUGCGCAGCGUUGUCAAGGCGCUGGGCGUGGGCAGCGUGGACGUGUGUGGCGACCUGCUGGAUUUUGUGGAGGAGGCGUGCCGGAUGGCCCGCGCUGCGAGGGGCGAGACGCCGCUGCUCUUACUGCGGCUGCGCGAGGGCAGCAGCUUGCAGCGGGUGUACAGGGACGUGGCCGCGCUGGCGUUCGACCGCCGUGUGUGCCAUGUUGUGAUGGAGGUGCCCGCUGAGGCGCUCAGCAUGGCAAGCGCUGGGCUGCCGCGGCUGGACCUCUGCGUCAUUCCCGCGUUCAGCCGCGAGGAGGCCUUCGCCCACACGCAGCGCGCCAUCGACCCCGUCAGCCUCAGCCACUUCGUGGACGUCGUUGGGACGAGCAGCAGCGACGUGGACGAGCUGAUUGCCGCUGUGCGUCAGCGCCGCGCGUCAGCGGCGCAGUAUACGAAUGCGAGGCUGCUGAAGGCCAUGCGGCAGCUGCAGGCGACGUGCGCCAGCCGCCCGGAGCUACGUGCGGCGCUGCAGCAGCUCUCCGCUUGCCCCUACGACGCCGGGCAGCACAGCGGCGUGGACGCGGCGGCGCUGCACAGCACGGCGCUGGUGGACAUUGUGCUGUACGAUCCCGUAGCAGACGCGUGGCGUUUUCGCAGCAAGCUGUUUCACACCGCCUCGCGGUGCUGCUGGCUGUAG